GUGCACUCUGGGGAGGGUGUAGUAAGAUGGCGGCUCCCUCUCCCAAAUGGAGACGGGUAACCGGAGCAACCGGGCCGGUUCCGCGGCCCCGGCACGGUCACCGCGUCGUGGCGAUCAAAGAGUUGAUGAUCAUAUUCGGCGGCGGCAACGAGGGCAUCGUGGACGAGCUGCACGUCUACAACACAGUCACAAACCAAUGGUUCAUCCCUGCCGUUAGAGGGGAUAUCCCACCAGGCUGUGCAGCAUAUGGCUUUAUCUGUGAUGGGACCAGGAUCCUUGUGUUUGGAGGAAUGGUGGAAUAUGGAAAAUAUAGCAACGAUCUUUAUGAACUGCAGGCAAGCCGAUGGGAGUGGAAGAAACUCAAACCGAAACCUCCUAAAAACGGUCCACCACCUUGUCCCCGCCUUGGUCAUACCUUGUGUCUGGUUGGUAAUAAGUGUUAUUUAUUUGGUGGCCUGGCCAAUGACAGUGAAGACCCAAAGAAUAAUAUUCCAAGGUACUUGAAUGACCUAUACACAAUAGAGCUUAGGCCUGGAUCAGGGGUAGUGGGAUGGGACAUUCCUGUUACACACGGUACUCCACCCCCUCCAAGAGAAUCUCACACUGCAGUUGUGUUUAAAGAUUCAAAAAAACCAAAGAUGAUCAUUUAUGGAGGGAUGAGUGGAUGCAGACUUGGUGAUCUCUGGUUACUUGAUGUGGAAAGCUUGGUGUGGAAUAAACCAGCAACCAAGGGAAUUACACCUCUUCCUCGAAGUUUGCACUCUGCAACUGUCAUUGGGAAUAAAAUGUUUGUCUUUGGUGGCUGGGUACCACUUGUGAUGGAUGAUGUGAAAGUUGCCACUCAUGAAAAGGAAUGGAAGUGCACAAAUACACUUGCUUUCUUAAAUUUAGAUAUCAGUAUGUGGACACCUGUAGUUUCGGACACACUGGAUGAUAAUGUCCCCAGGGCAAGAGCUGGCCACUGUGCAGUUGCCAUUCAUACUCGUCUUUACAUCUGGAGUGGAAGAGAUGGUUACAGGAAGGCCUGGAACAAUCAAGUCUGUUGCAAGGAUCUUUGGUAUUUGGAAACUGAAAAGCCCCCGGCACCAUCUCGUGUACAGUUGGUCAGAGCCAGCACAAACUCCCUUGAAGUAUGUUGGGGUGCUGUUCCAACAUCAGAUGCCUACCUUCUUCAGUUACAAAAAUAUGACAUGCUGCCGUCAACUGUUACCUCCUCCCUGACCUCUCCAGCACUGAGUAGCCCAUCAGUGCCACAUAAGACUCCUUGUAGCACUGUUGCUCCAACACCAGCUCCUGUUGCCAUACCAAUCCCAUCACCACAGCCUGUUGCUAAAGUGGCUUCUCCAACUGCUGCUGUAGCUGCUGGGAUGACAGGUGCUGUGACUGCAAUGCAAGUCUCUGCUGCUCAAGCAUCUGGGUUGUCUCCAGCAGCUCCCCAGCUGGUUACAGUCUCUCAACAGGCUGUGCAAACAGUUAAAGCAGCUGUUUCCUCUUUACCUGCUGGAGUACGUCUAGUUGUGCCAGCACAAAGUGCCACUAACACAGUUCCUUCAGUAGCGGAGACAAUACCUUCUUCAUGCUACAGUACGUUCUGGGUGAACACACCAGCCACAACCAUGCUGAAGACAGCAGCUGCACAGGUUGCAACAUCUUCUGCCUCGUCCCGGCCUAUUAUAACUGUACACAAAUCUGGUGCACUGACUGUAGCUCAGCAAACGCAAGUCGUCACCACAGUCGUUGGCGGCGUUACCAAAACAUUUACGCUUGUUAAAAGCCCAAUUCAAGUUGGUGGUGGAGGUUCUCUGAUCUCCAAUCUAGGGAAAAUGAUGACACUUGUUCAGACAGCUCCAGUACAAACUGGCGCUAUCACUGGUCAGGCCACUGCUGGGUCAUUAGCACAGUUCAUUCAGGCAAAAGGUCCCUUUCCUCCGGGUACAAUAGUCAGACUUGUAACAGCAGCAGAUGGUAAGCCAGCAACAAUCAUCACAACCUCUCAAGCUGGUGGAAUGGGUACAAAGCAAACUAUCCUGGGCCUUGGCAGUGUCUCCCCUACCAGCAGCAAACCUGGAGCAACAACCAUAAUAAAAACUAUUCCAGUUUCAGCAUUGAUGAAUCAACCCAGUACUACAGGUGUUUCUGCAAACCCUGGUAUAAAAUCUCCAAUAACGAUCAUUACUACAAAAGUAGGGACGUCUGGAACAGCGAAGAUCAUUACAGCUGUGCCAAAACUUACCACAGGACAGCCUGGAAUGACACAGGUGGUUCUUAAAACGCCGGGAACACCUGGUACCAUCUUGCGAACAGUUGGUGGAACCCCCGUCAACGUUAGUGGAGUUAGACUGGUCACACCAGUCACCGUGUCAUCCAGCAAGCCGACAGUCACAACCUUGUUACUGAAGGGGAGCACAGGCGUUACGACAUUGGGAACUGUGACUGGUACAGUGACCACAACCCAUGCUGGAGCAAGUAGCAUUACAGCACCAAACUUCACACCAGUCACUGCUCUGGCCAGAGUAGCAACAUUGGCCAGCCAAGGGGUUAGCCCAACUAUUGAUCCUUUGUCUGUGGCAACAAGAACAUUACAUUCUACAACAGGAAUUGUAUCAACACCAUCAAUAGUCAAUACAGAGCCCAUUUUUGUGAUGUCAGGAGAGGCUGUAUCAUCUGCAGUGACUGGGUUGGCUGUACAAGCCAGUGAAAUUCAUGUACCGUUGGCUGUGGAGCAAACCACUGCUGUGGCAGCUGUUACAGAGAAUAGCAUACAAGCUUCAGACCAGCAGGUGCAUCAAACCACAGAAGAACCAGCUCAUGAAACUACAGAGACGAAUACUACAAAUACAGCCACUUCCAGUACAGCAAACAUAUCUCAGAAUCAAAUCCAACCUCCAGCCACAAGUAACAAUGGUAUACCAGAAAGUGUCCACGGGGAAACAGCGACUGCUGGAACAACCAAUACAGCUACCACUGUCUCAGCAGCACAGACAGGAGCAGUAACAACUGUAACACAAUCCACACCAGCUCCAGGCCCUUCACUGCAGGUGAUCUCACCAACAUCUGAUGGUCCCUCAAGUAGUAAUACAGCUUUAUCAGAUUCAAGCACUUUGCAGUUGGUACCUGCUCCAGAUACUGGCCAAACUCCAGGGGGGUCAGGGCUCCAGGUUGCACCUGAACAGGCGUUAAAGAACUUAGAAAGUACAGUGGCCCCUGAUUUGACUGAGCAACCUCAACAAGCUGUGCGGACGGUAGGCACACAGAGCCAACAGGUCAAAGUGGAAACUGGUGAAGCAAAGGGACAUUCAAGUCAAAGUACUGAGCAGCACCAUCAUGUCACUACAACUGAGCCUUUCAUUACUGAUACAAAACCAGCAGAUGCUAAUCAACCCGAAACCACUGCUGGAGAUUCUCCAGUGUCUCUGUUGCCAAAAAUGAAAGAAUGCAGUACUGUAAAGACUCUGCCAGAAGAUGUCUCUUCGGAACCAGCAGUGCCUAAUGUAGACUCUUCUCAGCAUUUGCAGCAACCUGUAAUGCAGAAUCCUGAGCAACAAAAGGAUCAGUUACAGUCACCAGCACCCGUGACCACAUUGAGUGCUCCUCAAGCAGUGAUGCAGAGUCCAAAUGAUACAAACGCACAAAGCAACCAGCUAGGCCAAUGUACUAGUACUGCAGAAUCUCCGCAGCCAAGUACUGCAAGUCUUGCCAGUUCACUUCCUUCAUCUUCUACCACGGCAACUGUAUCACCAAGUGAAGUCUCGAGCAGCAAUCCAGUAGCAAAUGGGAAACAAGAAAAUCCUUCUACACCACAUAAGGUUACGCCAAAGAAAGAAGGGAAUCCAUGGUAUGAUGUAGGAAUCAUCAAAGGAACCAGUACUGUGGUAACUCAUUACCAUUUGCCACCAGAGGGCAGCCAUGGAGAAGAUGCAAGUACUAACAUUCCAGACUACAGUAUGCUGAAAAAGCAAGAGCUGCUUCCAGGCACUGCAUACAAAUUUAGAGUUGCUGGAAUUAAUGCGUGUGGAAGAGGUCCUUUCAGUGAGAUAUGUGCUUUCAAAACUUGUCUCCCUGGAUUUCCUGGAGCACCGUCUGCUAUCAAAAUUACCAAGAGUGUGGAUGGUGCUCAUCUUACCUGGGAACCGCCCGCUACAACUGCUGGGAAAAUUCUGGAGUAUUCUGUGUAUUUAGCCGUGCGCAGCAUUCAAGUGACAGAAGUGAAAUCUGGAAGUCCUGCCCAGCUGGCCUUUAUGCGGGUUUACUGUGGUGCUAAACCAUCUUGUGUGGUGUCUUCCUCACACCUUGCAAACGCGCAUAUUGAUUGUACAACAAAACCUGCUAUCAUUUUUAGGAUAGCAGCAAGAAAUGAGAAAGGCUAUGGACCAGCUACACAAGUUAGAUGGCUUCAAGAUGCAGGUGGACAAGGAAUAAAAGGCACUGCUAAGCGGCCUGCGGCCUCACCAGAGAACUCGAAAAGUGGCAGUGCCAAGAAGUCCAAAUCUGAAGGAUAAAAGGAAGACUUUUUUAUUUGUUGGAUCAAAGAAGUAAAGUACCAUUGGAUAGUAUUUGUAUUUAUUUUGUAAAUGUUUUGUAAUAUGUUUCUGUUAUACUCUUUAAUUCCUAUAACUUGUGAGAUUCUUAGAGAAGGGAUUUAAUUUGUAUUAAUUGUACAAAAUACAUUUCUUGUUUUAGAACUGUGACAAAUAGGCUUCGAGCAAGUUUUAAAGGAUAGCUUUUUAGAAACACAUAAUGUAGAUUUUAAAUUUGUAUUAACAUUACUGUGUAGAGUUCAUGUAGGUGGCUUGUUUCUAAAGUGGCUUAUUCUGAAAUCACUACAGUAGUGACUGGAUGUUUGCUGUGCAAGCAGUGGUUUAAAGAGUUUUCAAAGAAAUGUUGGUGUUUCACCUUGUUGCAGGUGGAUUAGGUAGGUCUUUAAAGCAUGUUUAUAUGUGGAUAAAGUAUGGGACCAAAAAAGGCACUACGGGAAAGCAGCUUGUUCUCAGAGUAGCACUUACACAGAUUCUGAAUCACCAUUAGAAGCAGACGUUAUUUGGACAUUUUUUUUUGUGUGUUCGCGUGUGCUACAAAGUGGCAUUCUUGUGCGUGGUUUGUGAUGACAAAUUUAAAACUGCCUUUUUAUUUUAAUUUUUUUUACACAAAUAAUAGCGAACAAAAAAUGUAUUGGACGUGUUUAAGUUGUAUGACCCCACAAGUUGUUUUUGCUAAAAUUGCUAUUAAACAUCGCCAAAUAUAUUAAACAGAAUCGGCUCUUGUUCCACUUGUUGGCCCCAAAACAGCAGCCAUUUCUUUCCUUCCCCACCCCCACUACAGACACACAUAAGCACUCAGUCCCAUCUACAGAAAUCACAACUGAAGCUUAGAACUUAGAAGGGGGAUAACAAGGAAUAUCAGCAGUUUUCCCAAUGAGUGUUGUUUUUUGGCACAAACAAAACAGCUGUUUUAAGCUACUAAACUCUCAAUAUCAAAUAUUAAAUGGAUUAAAAUCUUGAUAUGUUAAGGGAGCUACUUACUUUGGUGAGUACCAUUGGUUUCAGGAAUGUUGUGGGGUCAUGCAACUUCAAGGGUUUGUUGCUCAUUUUUUGUUGGGCUGGUUGAGGCUGUUAAUUGAUUAAUGCUACUACAUUGGCUCCUUUUCAUCAUCUUAUAAUUGUGUAGUUCAGAAGAUUAACCUCUGCUAUAUUAAUGUGUUUUCAUUGAGCUUGUAGUUACGAUCAUUUUUCCGCUUGCUUGGGUGGAUUUUUCUUUAUUUGUAAUUUCACUGUUAAUAACCUGUCUAUAUGUUCACAAUGCUGUAAUUAAUACAAAACUUAUAGAGCAAACUUUGAUUUGAAUUUUAGGCAGCUGCACAUAAAGAUCUGCACAAAUGCUUUUGAUAAUAUCACACCACUUGUAGCUUCAGCUAUGGCAAGAUGCAUUGGGAAGUGUCAGUAUAGAGGAAAGGCAUAAUAUUCAGGAAUGUUGCUCUUGUGUCUUUAUGUGGAUGUAUAUUAUGUAUAUUUAUCAUUGGAGUAAUCCUGAUUACAAGCAAUCAUUUGGUAAGGCAUGUUAAGCUUUCUUGUUUUGCAGUAAAUACUGCUAUUAGACUAUUCUGUGCAGAUUAGUUUCAUUAAAAUGAUACAUUUCCAGCAAUA